CCCGGCUAUUUUAGGAGAGGCAGGGUCUCACUACGUUGCCCAGACUGGUCUUGAACUCCUUCCUGGGCUCAAGCAGUCCUCCCGCCUUGGCCUCCCAAAGUGUUGGGAUUACAGGCGUGAGCCACCGGCCCGCCUAGCCAACUCUCCAUUCACUCAUUCUUAUGUGAAACAGUAACAGAACCAUACCACAUCUGUGGAGCUUCUCCUGACUCCCCAAGCCACCCUAAGAGCCACUUUGCCUACGUCCUUAUCAUAGGAAUUACCCUAAAUGAUUAUAGGACAUUGUAAUUGUUUGCCUAUCUGUUUCCUUCCUAAGAUUGUGACCUCUUGGAGGGCAGAAAUGGAUUUUUCACUCUCAGCUUCAGUCUGUCAUAGAGCCUGACAGUUUCCCUAGCAUUCUUUGACAAUAGCAGAAGCCUAAAGAACUUCCACUCCAAGGAAAUACAGAAUCCGGGAAAGAAUUGUUCCUAGCGAUUAGGGAAAUCUCGCGAGAUUCAGGUCCUGGGAGCCUGGCAAGCCCACACAGCGACGGUUAUUUAGCCGUUGAACUGCCAGCCGCCCGGGGCCCACGCGCUCCGGGCCGCUCAGGCUGAGCGAUUUCCCGCCUUUUCUGAGGUUCUGAGGCGGGAGCUAUUGGUUCUUUCUGUUGCCCUCAUAGACCGUAUGUAGCAGUUCGCGUGGGCACAGGGCCCACGGUUUCCCGCUAGUUCUUUAAAGAUAUUUACAACCGUAACAGAGAAAAUGGAAAAGCAAAAGCCCUUUGCAUUGUUCGUACCACCGAGAUUAAGCAGCAGUCAGGUGUCUGCGGUGAAACCUCAGACCCUGGGAGGAGAUUCCACUUUCUUCAAGAGUUUCAACAAAUGUACUGAAGAUGAUUUUGAGUUUCCAUUUGCAAAGACUAAUCUCUCCAAAAAUGGGGAAAACAUUGAUUCAGAUCCUGCUUUACAAAAAGUUAAUUUCUUGCCCAUGCUUGAGCAGGUUGGUAAUUCUGACUGUCACUAUCAGGAAGGACUAAAAGACUCUGAUUUGGAGAAUUCAGAGGGAUUGAGCAGAGUGUUUUCAAAACUGUAUAAGGAGGCUGAAAAGAUAAAAAAAUGGAAAGUAAGUACAGAAGCUGAACUGAGACAGAAAGAAAGUAAGUUGCAAGAAAACAGAAAGAUAAUUGAAGCACAGCGAAAAGCCAUUCAGGAACUGCAAUUUGGAAAUGAAAAAGUAAGUUUGAAAUUAGAAGAAGGAAUUCAAGAAAAUAAAGAUUUAAUAAAAGAGAAUAAUGCCACAAGGCAUUUAUGUAAUCUACUCAAAGAAACCUGUGCUAGAUCUGCAGAAAAGACAAAGAAAUAUGAAUAUGAACGGGAAGAAACCAGGCAAGUUUAUAUGGAUCUAAAUAAUAACAUUGAGAAAAUGAUAACAGCUUUUGAGGAACUUCGUGUGCAAGCUGAGAAUUCCAGACUGGAAAUGCAUUUUAAGUUAAAGGAAGAUUAUGAAAAAAUCCAACACCUUGAACAAGAAUACAAGAAGGAAAUAAAUGACAAGGAAAAGCAGGUAUCACUACUAUUGAUCCAAAUCACUGAGAAAGAAAAUAAAAUGAAAGAUUUAACAUUUCUGCUAGAGGAAUCCAGAGAUGAAGUUAAUCAAUUAGAGGAAAAGACAAAAUUACAGAGUGAAAACUUAAAACAGUCAAUUGAGAAGCAGCAUCAUUUGACUAAAGAACUAGAAGAUAUUAAAGUGUCAUUACAAAGAAGUGUGAAUACUCAAAAGGCUUUAGAGGAAGAUUUACAGAUAGCAACAAAAACAAUUUGUCAGCUAACUGAAGAAAAAGAAACUCAAAUGGAAGAAUCUAAUAAAGCUAGAGCUGCUCAUUCGUUUGUGGUUACUGAAUUUGAAACUACUGUCUGCAGCUUGGAAGAAUUAUUGAGAACAGAACAGCAAAGAUUGGAAAAAAAUGAAGAUCAAUUGAAAAUACUUACCAUGGAGCUUCAAAAGAAAUCAAGUGAACUGGAAGAGAUGACUAAGCUUACAAAUAACAAAGAAGUAGAACUUGAAGAAUUGAAAAAAGUCUUGGGAGAAAAGGAAACGCUUUUAUAUGAAAAUAAACAAUUUGAGAAGAUUGCUGAAGAAUUAAAAGGAACAGAACAGGAACUAAUUGGUCUUCUCCAAGCCAGAGAGAAAGAAGUACAUGAUUUGGAAAUACAGUUAACUGCCAUUACCACAAGUGAACAGUAUUAUUCAAAAGAGGUUAAAGAUCUGAAAACUGAGCUUGAAAAUGAGAAGCUUAAGAAUACUGAAUUAACUUCACACUGCAACAAGCUUUCACUAGAAAACAAAGAGCUCACACAGGAAACAAGUGAUAUGACCCUAGAACUCAAGAAUCAGCAAGAAGAUAUUAAUAAUAACAAAAAGCAAGAAGAAAGGAUGUUGAAACAAAUAGAAAAUCUUCAAGAAACAGAAACCCAAUUAAGAAAUGAACUAGAAUAUGUGAGAGAAGAGCUAAAACAGAAAAGAGAUGAAGUUAAAUGUAAAUUGGACAAGAGUGAAGAAAAUUGUAACAAUUUAAGGAAACAAGUUGAAAAUAAAAACAAGUAUAUUGAAGAACUUCAGCAGGAGAAUAAGGCCUUGAAAAAAAAAGGUACAGCAGAAAGCAAGCAACUGAAUGUUUAUGAGAUAAAGGUCAAUAAAUUAGAGUUAGAACUAGAAAGUGCCAAACAGAAAUUUGGAGAAAUCACAGACACCUAUCAGAAAGAAAUUGAGGACAAAAAGAUAUCAGAAGAAAAUCUUUUGGAAGAGGUUGAGAAAGCAAAAGUAAUAGCUGAUGAAGCAGUAAAAUUACAGAAAGAAAUUGAUAAGCGAUGUCAACAUAAAAUAGCUGAAAUGGUAGCACUUAUGGAAAAACAUAAGCACCAAUAUGAUAAGAUCAUUGAAGAAAGAGACUCAGAAUUAGGACUUUAUAAGAGCAAAGAACAAGAACAGUCAUCACUGAGAGCAUCUUUGGAGAUUGAACUAUCCAAUCUCAAAGCUGAACUUUUGUCUGUUAAGAAGCAACUUGAAAUAGAAAGAGAAGAGAAGGAAAAACUCAAAAGAGAGGCAAAAGAAAACACAGCUACUCUUAAAGAAAAAAAAGACAAGAAAACACAAACAUCUUUAUUGGAAACACCUGAAAUUUAUUGGAAAUUGGAUUCUAAAGCAGUUCCUUCACAAACUGUAUCUCGAAAUUUGACAUCAGCUGAUCAUGGCAUAUCCAAAGAUAAAAGAGACUAUCUGUGGACAUCUGCCAAAAAUACUUUAUCUACACCAUUGCCAAAGGCAUAUACAGUGAAGACACCAACAAAACCAAAACUACAGCAAAGAGAAAACUUGAAUAUACCCAUUGAAGAAAGUAAUAAAAAGAGAAAAAUGGCCUUUGAAUUUGAUAUUAAUUCAGAUAGUUCAGAAACUACUGAUCUUUUGAGCAUGGUUUCAGAAGAAGAGACAUUGAAAACACUGUAUAGGAACAAUAAUCCACCAGCUUCUCAUCUUUGUGUCAAAACACCAAAAAAGGCCCCUUCAUCUCUAACAACCCCUGGAUCUACACUGAAGUUUGGAGCUAUAAGAAAAAUGCGGGAGGACCGUUGGGCUGUAAUUGCUAAAAUGGAUAGGAAAAAAAAACUAAAAGAAGCUGAAAAGUUAUUUGUUUAAUUUCAGAGAAUCAGUGUAGUUAAGGAGCCUAAUAACAUGAAACUUAUAGUUAAUAUUUUGUUCUUAUUUGCCAGAGCCAAAUUUUAUCUGGAAGUUGAGACUUAAAAAAUACUUGCAUGAAUGAUUUGUGUUUCUUUAUAUUUUUAGCCUAAAUGUUACCUACAUAUUGUCUGGAAACCUGUCAUUGUAUUCAGAUAAUUAGAUGAUUAUAUAUUGUUGUUACUUUUUCUUGUAUUCAUGAAAACUGUUUUUACUAAGUUUUCAAAUUUGUAAAGUUAGCCUUUGAAUGCUAGGAAUGCAUUAUUGAAGGUCAUUCUUUAUUCUUUACUAUUAAAAUAUUUUGGAUGCAAA